GGCGCGCCGUUCGUCUUUCUUCGGCAACGAUUCAGAUCUCGACUUGUGCGCGCGACAAGCUAUCAUCACGAUCAUCAUGGUGCAGAUAGUUGGCAAAUACCAAUACGUGUCGAGCGAAAACUUCGAGGAUUACAUUAAGAAUCUUGGCAAGGGCGAACUCGUCGACACGUUCCUGCAGACCACGCCGAUUGUGGAGAUCCAGCAGAACGGCGAUCAGUGGGUUGUCGUGGUCACCAUCAAUCAGGACAAGACCAUCACCACUACUUUCAAACUUGGAGAAAUCUACGACGAACAUCUUCCAACUCCGGGUCUCACCUUUAAGAGCGUGACCACGAAGGAAAGCAACGGUUUCAGAACGGAGACCACCUUAUCCGCAGGUAUCAAAGCGAUUCGAAAUUACGAAUUCACAGAUACUGAAAUGAUCGUGCACCUAUCCUCCAACGAGAGCGACGUUCAAGCCAAGCGUAUAUACAAAAGACUGUAAGGCCGAUUCCUAAUUUAAAAAUAGCAGUACAUAAUAUCACACUUCAUUAAAGAGAUUGAAAU